GCAAACCAAGCACCAUCGUCUUCUUCAUACAUUUGCGUAUAAGCAAAAUCCAAUCCAAAUCCACUGAAGAACAAAACUCCCCCAAUUUCUUCUUCAAUGCUUUUAUUUAAAUCUCCAAAUUCUUCUUCAAAUCACACCCAUAUGCCUCAAUCAAAAUCAAAAUCAAAAUCAAGUAAAACCAGAUCAAAAUCAAUCAAAUCCCCAAUUCAAUUCAUGGCUUCCUCCGCCACAGAAAAAACGCUAACCGGCGUCGGAAACCUAAUCCGCCUCCUCCCUACCGGCACUGUCUUCCUCUUCCAAUUCCUCAGCCCAAUCCUCACCAACAGCGGCCAUUGCGAACCAAUCAACAAGUCCUUCUCUAUUAUCCUCAUCAUCCUCUGCGGUCUCUCCUGUUUUCUCUCCUCCUUCACCGAUUCCUACACCGGCGACGAUGGUGCUCUGCACUGGGGUUUCGCUACGGCGUCAGGAAUGUGGCCGUCGCCGGAGUCGAAGACGGUGGAUCUUUCACCCUACAAGCUUAGAGCAGGGGAUUUCGUACACGCUACUUUUUCGGCUCUGGUUUUUGGGGCUUUGGUGGUUCUCGACUCCGAUACUAUGCAAUGCUUCUUCCCGAGCUUUGCGGAGGCGGAUAAGUUGUUGAUUCAGGUUGUGCCGCCGGUCGUCGGAGCGGUGUCGAGCGUGGUGUUUGUAAUGUUCCCUAACACUCGCCAUGGCAUUGGGUAUUAUGACUCCUCUGCAGGAACUCCCGGCGCGGCGGUUCAACGAGCAGCCUGACGGCAGAGCUUAAAUAUGUAAUUUUAUAAAUGGAUUAAUAGUUACAAAUUUUAGUUUAUGGUUUUCUAGGGUCUAGGCCCAAGAAAAUGGGUUGUUUAUGGGAUUUUAAUUGGGUUGUAUUGGGUGAUUGGAUUUCCACAUAUAAUACUCCUAAAAUGUCUUUUAUUGUUAUUUUUUUUUUACUUUUUUUUUUAAAAGAAGAGUUAAAAUAAAGUUUCAUCCAUGAAUAAUUUCUACUUCAAAUUAUCAUAAAAAAUAAUAUGUUUAAAAAUAAGAUUGCUAAAACAAUCGUGGAAA